UUUCUGCAAAGCCGAGAAACUAAAUGAACUCAAUUUUCCUCCCACACCUGUCGGCUGGUUCUCGUACUCUGAGGAACUCUGUCUGGAAGGAUCCGGUGCUGGUAAACCUAGAGCUGCCACCAGAUGUUCCAACAACCACGGAUCACUGGGUUUCCAACGUCCUCAGUUUCUCCAGUGCAGCCUGACGCUCAGCGACAUUCUGCAAAAUAUCACCAGUGUGGAAGAUUAUGACAUGUUGGCGACCAGCGCUCAAAUUCUGACGUCCAAUCCUGAAGAGCUGACGGCUGAAAACGUGACGACAGCCGCUGAGAUCACCAACAUGCUGCUGCUGUCUCCAAACAUCACAGAGAGUGCCAGGACAGCAGCAGUAGCCACAGUCAGUCAGCUGCUCAACGCCAGGGUCCUGGACGACACCGAGGAAAACACCGCCACUCUGAACCUGACGCAAACUCUGGAUGAGCUGCAUCUGAAACUCAGAUCUGACCCGAACACGUUCGAGUCUCAGGUGGUUCAACCGAACCUGGUGGUGCAGUCGGCUCAAGUCAGUGCUGCCGACACUCAGGGAGUCCAGUUCACGUCGCUCAAAGGAACAUCUGGCAGUUUUGUAUCUGACCGGAUUCAGCUGAACACCAACACGUCGACUGUUGUGGUGGAAAACGGGUUCGUAGCCGACGCCCUGAUCCACGUACAGUUCGCACCAGCUGCAGACAGAAAUCCGGAGCAGUCCCGCGUCUCCCUGGGUUUCGUCCUCUACCAGAACAACCGGUUCUUCAGGUCGUCGCUCUACAAGGCGCGUCACUCUACCGUCAGGGUCCUGUCGGCCAGCGUCAGGGGGCAGAAUCACAGAGUGGUGCCACAGCGUGUGGAGAUGAUGUUCAGACCAACGUUGAGGAGCGGGACGGCUCUGUACGAUUUCGCCUGCGUCUCGUGGAACUACACCCUGAACGACUGGAGCACCGCCGGCUGCUCCAAAGGAAACGCUUCAGAUGGAGCCAUGAGAUGCAUCUGUAACCACACCACCAACUUCGCCGCCCUCGUAUCGAUCACAGACGUUUUCGGGUACGCUGAGGAUCUGGGUUUGACUUCAAACUUUGGAUAUUCAAUUUCAAUCCUGGGUUUGGUUGUGACGAUCAUUUCUCUCAUCAAAGACAAAGAGUCUCUUCAGAGCAACAAGCAGGUGAAGAUCGCCCUGCUGAGCCUCUGUGGCAGCCUGCUCGGCUUCAUCAUCACCUUCCUCACCGGAGCCGUUCAGUCCGACAAAGCGGACGACGAGCCACCGGCCCUAAGAGAGCCCAACGUCAUUCCACCCACCAACGAACACGUGGAACCUGAACGCAUCUCGUGUACCACGGUGGCGUUUCUGCUUCACUUCACCCUGCUGGCGACGUUCAUGUGGAUCAGCUUGUACGGUCACCUGAUGAUGGAGGAGACGUUUGACAACGACCCCCCUGAAUACUGGACUUACCUCAGCUUGGCUCUCGGAUGGGGACUCCCUGCCGUGGUGGGGGGGAUCACAAUGGCCAUCACCUAUACGACGGCCGAUCCUCAGGGAUACAGACAAGAGGAAUUUUGUUGGCUCGCAGCUCUGGACAAGAACAAACACUUUGACUUUGGGAAACCGAUGUUCUGGGGAAUGAUCCUUCCAGGAACGUUGAUCAUCAUCUACAAUUUUGUCAUUUUGAUACGCAUCUCUCUGGAGAGGGGCAGGAAAUGUCCCGACCACACCAGCUCCAGUUGUCCUCUGGCAGUGCUGGUGGGUUUCUGUUGUUUUUUUGGAUACUUUGUCCUCAACAGCACAGGAGGCAACCACACGGUCUUCAGUGUUUUACUCUGCAUCAGUGGGAUCAUAAUGGGUUUUCUGAUUUUCAUCCUCUUCACGGCGCCGUCCUUAAGAGAGUCCGUCUCGGACUGCGAUUGCCCCUUCUCAGACAAGAUGCCGGAUAUCAACAUCCGGGAGAUCCUCUGCUGCUCAAAGACAAAGUGAACACUGGCAUCAAACAAGGACCUCCAUCAAUCCACGGCUGCUUCUUUUUUAAAUAACUUAAGAGAAUUAUUAAUAAUCAGUAAAAACCUUUAACAAAGUAUGAAAUGAACUAUUGCACAGCUGCUCAACACUGAAUUAACAGAAAUCCAACUGGACACCAGGUGGCGGCAUUUAGAGUAUUUUAAAUCUCGUGAUGUGACUAAUGAAUAACUAACUCAUUUUAUUUUUCAUUUAUUGAAAGUAAAAUACAAACUGCAGCUUAAUUCUUUAUUGUAUUAUUGUGUUAUAUGACCUAGAGUUAAAUCUAACUUCUAAACAAUAAUAAUCUUGAAAAUAUUGAUUAACAUGGUCUUCAUUUAAAUACAAAUUCUGAAGUUAGAUUUAAUUAUGAAGGAACAUUUGUGUUGGUAUGUUUUUACAUUAUUCAGAGUGAUCACGAUGUUUGAUUGUAUCUAAAAUAUAAACCCUCUGGGAAAACUUGUGAUUUGUGAAUAUGGGCUUUACACAUAUUGAUGUGAUAUAUUUUAUACUGAAGAUGACCUGAUGUAAAAUGAUAUUAGUUCAUUACUAAGACUGACAGAUGGUCACUAUUUAAAAAAAAUGUAAUCCGCUAAAACAAACCUCGUUAGAAUUUUUUUUUUUAUGGUUUUUAAAUGGUCUGAACUUCUCGAUUCGUCACUGUAGGUCUAACACCAUCUUUAGAUGUCGUAAUAGAUAAUGAAUGGGGAAGAAAAGGUGUUAAAUUCUCCAAACUCAACUUUUAAUUGACUAUA